AUGGUUCGGUUCUUUGUCGAUUUCUCGGCCUUGGACAACCCUGGCUGUCUUGAGGAGGCUGGAAAUCUAGAGAACCAAGUUGUUCAUUCUGAGAUUGACGAACUCGAUAUUUCGGAUAACGAAGAAGACGACGCUUCGGAUAAUGAAGAAGACAGUCAGUCAGACUGCCAAGAUGACAGUUCGGAUAGUGAAGAAGAAUCACCGCAUUUGGAUACUAGUCGAAAGUUCGAGGAAGUAAUCCUGAAGAAUGAAAAUGCCUUUUUAAGGUUUGAAAAAGAGAGGUUAGAGAAAAACCAGCUGAUAAAUGAAUUAGCACGAAAGGUAAAGGCCCUGACUCAAGGAAGAAUGAAAAUGGAAGAACACAUAAGAGACCUCGAACUAUUGAACAAAGAAAAGGACACACAAAUUUAUUCAAUGUCCGAAGAAAUGCAAAUAUUGAAAAGCAAAAUUAUAGAAAAGGCGAAGGUAACCGAAGUGCAAAUGAAAGAGAGAGAAGAGAAGGACCAGAAGCUGAUUAUUUUGGAAAACACUGUCGUAGUUCUCGAGAUGGAGAAGGAGACGUUGCAUCGAGAUCUACAGCAAAGAGAAGAUAGCAGCUAG